UCGUCCUCCGUCUGGAAUGAACUCCGACUGAAGAGAAGAAGAAGAAGAAGAAGAAGAAGAAGAAGAAGAAGAAGAAGAAGAAGAAGAAGAAGAAGAAGAAGAAGAAGAAGAAGAAGAAGAAGAAGAGCAGCAGCAUCAGAAGGUCAGAGGUCACCGACGUCCCACUGUGACUGACAGCUGUCAAUCAUCGGAUCUGAACCAACCAGGAGACAGGAAACUACCUUCAACAUGGAGAAGUGACGGACAGGAUCGGCGGACAUGAAGGCUCCAACCAGAGGGUGGACAGGAAAUCUGAAUGUGCUGCACUUCCUGUUAGCUGUGUUCCUGGUUCUUCAUGAAGGGGGGGUCUGUCUGGAGCUGCAGCCUUCAACCUCUGAAGUUCUGCUCAACUCAAACUCCAACUUCACUGUGGUAUGUUCCGGGUGGAGUCAGGUGACGUGGCGGAUACCUCACGACUCUCAGGUGGAUGGGGUUGUAGUUGAGAAUCAGGGGUCCAGCAGCAUCCUGCAGCUCUUUAACGCCACCUGGAGGAACUCUGGGAGAUACACCUGUGAGGAGGCGUCGUCCUAUCAGAGCAGAGAUGUGGACAUAUUCAUACCUGGUCAAGGUCCAGAGGAAUGGUUCGUUCCGCUGGGUCCAGGUGUGGUGAUGAAGGAGGCAGAGGAAGACACCAUCCCCUGCGUGGUUUCCGACCCGCGGCUCAACGUUUCGCUGUACGAACGUCCCGGCAGGAUGCCGGUUACCGGGACGACGUACGAGCCGGGCCGCGGCUUCACGGGUCGACUGAACGACACGUCAUACGUGUGCUCGGCCGCCCGAGGAGACGAAGAGAGAGAGUCCCAGGUGUACUACGUCUUCAGCAUCGUAGUCCCUAAGGUGAUGGAGGUGGACCUGACGGUGUCCAGCAGUGUGAUGAAGCAGGGUGAGGUUCUCGAGGUAAACUGCACUGUGAAAGACGCUGAGAUGGUCUUCUUCUCCUGGGACUUCCCCCGCAGACAGGAAGUCGAGCCUCUGACGGAUUUUCUGCCCAAUCGGAUCCGCUCCUUCAUUAACAUCUCCAUGGCAACAGUGGCAGAUUCUGGUGUGUAUGUGUGUGUGGUGCAGGACACAAUGCAGGAUCGAACAGUGAAGAAAAACAUCACAGUGACAGUACUGGAUCGAGGUUACGUCUACCUGUGGCCUUCAGGUGAGACCAACGUGUCGUCUCUGCUCCUCCACACGGUGGAGUUCAGGGUGGAGGUCGACGCCCGCCCCCCCACCGUCCUCUGGACCAAAGACAACAACACCGUCGCCACGGAAACCACCUCCGUCACCACCACACAGCUGACGGGAAGCAGGUACGUGAGCACACUGACGCUGGUGGAAGUCCAGAUGGAUCAGACAGGAAGUUACACAGCAACGGUUUCUAACGAGGACGACGUUGAGGAAGUCUUCUUCCACCUGGAGGUCAAAGCGCCCCCCAGGAUCACGUCUCUGUCGGAGGCCGGCAGUAAGGCAUUUCUGUGCGUCAGCGAGGGAGCUCCGCCCCCAUCUGUCACCUGGUACACCUGUCACAGCUCACACAGGUGCAGUAAUUUGACGGGCGGCUGGAGGAGCCAAUCAGCAGCCUCGGAGGGCGUGGCUCUGCAGGAGAACGUCACUAAGGUGGAGGAGAGAGGCGUUACCCAGGUAGGCAGUGUGUUGACUCUGCAGAGUCUCAGCUCCGUGUCAGCUGUUCGCUGUGAAGCCAAGAACUCUGCAGGACGCCGAGCCAGAGACCUGCGAGUACUGUCCACCUCUCUUCUGUCUCAGGUUGCAGUCUUGGCAGCAGUUCUGGUUCUGGUCGUGGUUGCCGUCGUCUUCCUCAUCAUCCUCAUCUUCCUCUGGAGGAAGAAGCCUCGUUAUGAAGUCCGUUGGAAGUUGAUGGAGUCGGUCAGUCCUGACGGACAGCAGUACACAUACCUGGACCCGGCCAACCUGACCUACAACUCCAGCUGGGAAGUACCUCGAGAAAAUGUAGUACUAGGUCAGGUGUUGGGUUCAGGUGCGUUUGGUCGGGUCGUCAUGGCGACCGUCUCCAGUCUGCUCGGCUCUCAUUCUUCGACUAACGUUACGGUGAAGAUGGUCAAACCCAGCAGCGCUGCAGCUCAGUCUCUGAUGUCAGAGUUAAAGGUUCUGGCUCAUCUCGGUCCUCACCUGAACGUGGUCAACCUGCUGGGAGCGUGCACGAGAGGAGGCCCUGUCUAUCUGAUCACUGAGUUCUGUCGCCAUGGAGACCUGGUGAACUACCUGCAAAGGAACAAACACACCUUCCUACAGAGAGACACCAAGAGUGACAGUGAUGGAGGUUACAUGGACAUGAAUAAAGAGGAGAGCGCUCAGUACGUCGUCAUGAAGGAGCUCAGCUACGCCGACAUCGAACCCGCGGUGUACGAGACGCCGUACGCACCAGCAGUAACCUGUGUGUCUGCCUGUGCAGUAACCUGUCGUUCUCUCUCAGACCAGCAGGAGGCGCCGUCUGUCCUCCUCAGUGACUCUCCUCUUCUGAGUGUCAACGACCUCCUCAGCUUCUCCUACCAGGUCUCUCAGGCCAUGGACUUCCUCUCCUCCAGAAGUUGUGUCCACAGAGACCUGGCUGCGAGAAACGUCCUGGUCAGUGAGGGGAAGCUGGUGAAGAUCUGUGACUUUGGUUUGGCCAGAGAUCUGAUGAAGGACAAGGACUACAUCGCCAGAGGAAACAGCUUCCUACCCGUGAAGUGGAUGUCUCCAGAGAGUAUUUUCCAGAACAUUUACAGCUCUAAGAGUGAUGUCUGGUCUUAUGGAGUCUUACUGUGGGAGAUCUUCUCUCUUGGUGUUAGUCCGUACCCUGACCUCCCUCUGAACCAGAACUUCUACUCGUCUCUGCAGAAAGGCUACAGGAUGAGUCGCCCUGAACUGGCUCCUCUGGACAUGUUUGAUCUGAUGGAACAGUGCUGGCAGCAGAAACCUGAGUCCAGACCUGGUUUCUCCUCGUUGGUCGUCUCCGUCGGCAACAUGUUGACUGACGACUACAAAAAGCGUUACCUCCAGCUGACCGAGGACUUCCUGAACGGGGAGAGUCCAGCUGUGGUCGGAUCCAGACGGAGUCCUUCAACAUCUGCUGGACAGAACGACGGACAGACGGACACAAGCGGAAGCCCCGCCCCUCAAGUGAACGUUCAACUGUUUAAGGCUGAGCCAGAGGAGGCAGGAUCCUCCCACGGCGCUUACAUCAUCGCCAACAAUGACGUCACCGUGGAAACCAGUGGCAGCGCUGCGCUGGACGCAGUCAGCUCUCAGCGGUCAGAGUCACAGGAAGUGACAUCAUCAGAGGACAGACAGGAAGCCGAGGAACCUCCGGAUUCAUCCCGCGGCCUUGAGGAAGAGGAGAGCUGCCUGUGAAGAGAGCCGCUGCCUUCAAGACACAUGGAGGGUUUAGUCAACCCAAUGUAGUCCUCUGCCAGGCAGAACGUAGGGCUUUUGACCAGCUGAAUAAUAAUAAUAAUAAUAAUAAUAAUAAAAAUGUACGCAUAACAACAUGACAUCAUUGACAGACAGUGCCGAGGUUCUGCUGAGCAAGGCAGGAAACAUUGGGUGAUUUUCCCCACACCGUGGACUGUAAGGCUGUCAAUUGAAAAGGCUUUGAAACUUGUUUAUUAAUCAUUUUUAAUAAUAAAUAAUAUUUCUGUAUUAAGUAAACCGCAGCAGGUCCUGGAUCAGAUUUAUAACUUUAUAACUUUCAGCUGCAUUGUUUUAUUCAAUGUGUAUUAUUCAGAAGUGUCUGUGUAUAUCUGUGUUUUAAUAUUUUUUAUGUUUAUUCAAACUGCUUUUAGAUUAAUGUUGAGCUUUAUGAAAUAAAUAUCAAAA